CGCACAGCGCCACAGGCCUCUGCGGGCAGCACAGAGCGCGUAGCGCGAGAUUCGAACCCCCGGACCAGGGCGCGCGCGCCUGCGCCAUACGCCUCUGCGCUGCCUCCUCCCUUGGUAGCCUGAAGGGAGCGUGCGCCUCAGGCAUGUUCUGCGUUUCCUAGCAACCGGGAAAACAACACGGGGGCGCUGGGCCCCGGCUGCUCCCCUGGGCACCCCUCGCCGCGGAAUGCAAGGGUUCAGUGAGGAUGAAGACUGAAAUACCCUCUCCCCAAGUGCUUUGACAAGCUGUCUUCAGAAGAGAUCUAAAGUAUGUUUGGGGAGUGACAUGGAAAAAAAGCUCCUCUCCAUAGGAAAAAAUUCCCUCCAGAACUAACCUCUGAUUUCUUGACAAAGAGAAUGGGCAAAAAAGUAAAGAAGGAAGUGGAGCCUCCUCCGAAGGAUGUGUUUGAUCCUUUAUCGAUUGAAAGCAAAAAGGCAGCAACAGUGGUGCUUAUGCUUAAUUCUCCAGAAGAGGAAGUUUUGGCUAAAGCAUGUGAAUCUAUAUAUAAAUUUGCAUCAAAAGGUGACGAAAACAAAGUGACACUCCUAGGUCUUGGAGCUGUGGAACCUUUAUUUAAACUAAUCUCACAUGAAGACCCACUUGUGCGCAGAAAUGCCACCAUGGUAUUUGGGAUAAUGGCUUCUAAUAAUGACAUCAGAAAAUUGUUAAGAGAGCUAGAUGUCACAAAUUCAGUCAUAGCUCGACUGGCGCCAGAAGAAGAUAUAAUUGUCCAUGAGUUUGCCAGUCUUUGCCUAGCACAUAUGGCAGUUGAAUAUACCAGUAAAGUGCAAAUAUUUGAGCAAGGUGGACUAGAACCACUUAUCAGAUUGUUAAGUAGCCCUGAUCCUGACGUUAAGAAGAACUCUGUUGAAUGCAUCUACCACCUCGUACAGGAUUUUCAAAGCCGUGCUGCAGUUCGUGAAUUAAAUGCAAUUCCUCCUUUACUGGAACUACUGAAAUCUGAGUAUCCCGUAGUUCAGUUGUUAGCUCUCAAAACCUUUGGUGUAAUUAGCAAUGACAGAGAAACUAGAGUAAUACUGAGAGAAAACCAAGGACUAGAUCAUCUUUUUAAGAUACUGGAAACUAAGGAAUUUAAUGAUCUUCACGUGGAAGCCCUUGCAGUGGUAGCAAAUUGUCUUGAUGAUGUGGAUACUAUGCAACUAAUUCAGCAGACAGGAGGCCUUAAAAAGCUACUUUCAUUUGCAGAAGUGUCUGCCAUUCCUGAUAUUCAGAAGAACGCAGCAAAGGCAAUUGCUAAAGCAGCUUAUGAUCCUGAAAACAGAAGAAUUUUGCAUGAAGAAGAAGUUGAAAAGUGCCUAGUAAACCUUUUGGGUACUGACAAUGAUGGCACCAAAGCUGCUGCUUCUCAAGCUAUUUCUGCUAUGUGUGAGAAUUUAGCUAGCAAAGAUGCUUUUGGAAACCAAGGGAUUCCCCAGCUAGUUCAGUUGCUAAGCAGUGACAAUGAAGAGGUAAAAGAAGCUGCUGCCAUAGCUCUGGCUAAUCUGACAACAGCCAGUCCUACCAAUGUAAGUGCUGUUGCUGAAGCUGAAGGAAUUGAGCCAUUAAUAAAUGUUCUGAGUGCUAAGAGAGAUGGGACCAUUGCUAAUGCAACUACAGCACUAACAAACAUGGCCACGCAAGAGCCAUUACGUCUCAAAAUCCAGAAUCAUGGUGUUAUGAAUGCAAUUGUUGAACCACUACAGUCUACCAACAGCCUGGUACAAAGCAAAGCAGCACUCACUGUGGCUGCACUUGGUUGUGACGCUGAUGCAAGAACUGAGUUAAGAAAUGCAAAUGGACUUGAGCCACUGGUUAAACUGCUACAUUCUAAGAAUGAUGAAGUCAGAAGAAAUGCCUGUUGGGCUGUUAUGGUUUGUGCAAGCGAUGAACUAACAGCAGUUGAACUUUGCAGAGUAGGUGCUUUAGACAUCCUGGAAGAAAUUAACUUGUCAACAGGGCGUAAAAAUAACUUCAGUGAAGGAGCUCUGGACAAACUACUUGAUAACAACCUUUCUCAAAAAUACAGCCAGAUGGGGUACUUAUCAUCCAGUAACAUAAUUACUGAUGGGUUCUUUGAUUAUGGUCAGGUAAAGCCUGGAGUGAAACUUUUGUCUUUGGAGGAACUGUGUACACAAGAGCUUAAUGAUCGUCGUGCUAUAAUUUUAGUUAAUGCUAAACUACCAGAAGUUUCCCUCAGUGCAGAGGACAAGUCACAAGAGCUAUGUUCUGGACGAACCACAUCUUCUUCUUCUUUUAGAAAAAGUAGUAAAGAAAGAACAAGUUCAGUGGUAUCUCCUGUGGAGGAAAAACAAGAAGCUUCUGGACGAUCUCCCUCUUCACUCACCAAAAGCAGCACGAGAGAGAAAGGCUCCAGAAAAGGAAAAGGGAAAAAAGAAGAAGAAAGACCAAAAGAAGAAGAAGAGUUGCAAACAAUGCUUAAAGUCCAGGAAGUAGUUCUUGAAAAGUUACCGUGGCUGCCACCAUUUGACUCCAUUUUACUGGAUUACAUUAUUGAUGCUUCCAAAAUAAUCCUACCAUUAACUACAACCAAAGAACAGGUUGUGGCACUUGCACAGUUUGUUGCAGAUAAAAUGGGUGGUCCAAUUGAAAGAGACAAAUUACAUGAAUUCAGCUGGGAACUUCAUAUAAGCGAAAUUGAAUUUGAACUGAAAUGCAAUGUCGUACCCAUUGGUAAAAUCAAGAAAGGGACUUUCUACCACAGGGCUUUGCUUUUCAAGGUUAUAGCAGACAGAAUUGGCAUUGGCUGUAGCUUAGUUCGUGGAGAAUACGGCAGAGCUUGGAAUGAAGUUAAAUUAGUUGACGAUUCUCCUCAAGGAAUAACUGGGCUUCUACUUCCUCCUCAAGUUUAUAUUGUAGAUCUAAUGUACCAGACAGGCUACUUGAUGAAGCAAAAGAGUGCAGAGGCAGAUUCCUACCAACGUAUUUAAUCCCAAUGCCAGAUCUUUUCAAAAGGAAAAUAUUUUAAAGAGAUUUAAUUUAUAAAUUUGUAUGAAAUGUAAAAGUUUGUGGGCCCAACUUUCAAAGUUCGAUGCUGAAAUGAAAGCACCUAUUCCCACAUUAAGUUGUCUAAAGAGGCACUUUGACUCCUAAAUAAUUAUUUUAAGUCUCUAAAUCCUUGUUUGUGAUCCAUAAUAUGAAUUUAGGCAUCUCAUUUUUAGGUAUCAAGUUUGACAUAGACGUUUUACUCAUUUUAUUUGAUGCUGUAUAAUAGAAUAAAAGGUAGUGAUUCAGACUGUCAGUAUCAAUGGACAUAAUACUUGACUGCAUUAUCAUUUCUCCCAGCAAAAGUAUUUGAAAUGAUUAAGAACUAAAGGUCUUGUUCUCUUUUUUCCUUUGGCUCUUUCAUCUUCCAUUGAUGUUAAUGGAUGUGUGUGAGAUAAGGAGAAUAAAAAACACAUGACAUAAUUAGGCAUGAUUAAACCAAUUUAUAAUAUCUUUUUGUUAAGAUAAGCAGAGUACUAAAAAUUGUCUUAGACUUUGUCUUUACCAGCAAUUUUGUUCCUAAGCUCUUGUUUGUCAGAGGUGUGAAAAAACACACCAUUGACCAACAUAAGUUUCACCAACAAGAGCUAUGUGGAAGGGAGAGAUGGUUGAAGAUGAUUUAAUUUUGCCUGUGGGAAGUUUGGCUGACAGUUAGCGAAGUACUUCCAUCAAUAACCAGGGUCAUCAGCAUGUGGAACGCAUGCUUUUGAGAUAUGUGAUGAAAGGCUUGUAUUUGUAUUUAUGACUGCUGAUGAAACAGGACACUAUCAUCUUCUUCACUCUCUAACCCCCUGCUGCAGUUCUACAGACAUGCGGUGUGAUUUCCUGAUGGUUAUUUUGGUAACAUUUUCUCUUCUUUGAUUGAAAAUUCACUGAAACAAGUAUUCUGAGCUACAAGCCAGGUGAGAUGAGAUACCUUAGAAGUUGAUCCAAUAGAAGGUAUUACCUCAUCCACCUUUUCUCUGUCAUACCUAGGACCAAUAUAACCACAACAACACUGCUUAAAAUGGAUAUUGUUGGUCAUUAACAUCAUACACUCAGCAACAACUUGAGUGGCUGUUUUAGCAUCAGCAUUGAAAAGCUAUAGAUUGACACAAUAUGUACACACAUUGGUAGCAGAAUUGAGAUGCAGAUUGAGUGUCUAUUGCUGCUUUCUGUCACAUAACUCAUAGGAGUUGGUGCAGAGUGAAGCAUUCACACUGAUUUCUAUAUCUGGAAAUGCAAAAAUGCAACUUUAAAAAUAUGUGGAAAGAAAUAUAACAUUAAUUUAAUUUCUAACUAGCUACCUAUAAGGAUACCUGUUCUACACAUUAAUAUUUCUUUUUCUAGACAGGAAAUGUAAAAACAAUGUGUGACUUAUUCUACUUCUUCAAAGAGUUCAUGAGAAAAUUUUUUUUCAAAUGUAUCAAUGAAGAGUCAAUGCAAGAGAAAUAAAGUAUAAGUAAUUUGAAGUAAAAAAUGAAAAAUACUUUUCUAGACACGUAGCAAACACAUUUGACAAGUAAACACUCAGCAAAACACAUUGUGGGUCACAGACAUCUUUGCACACUAUAGACUUUGACAAAAUUUCUGUUAAAAAAAUGUCAUUUGUGUACAUUUGUUUUGGAGGCACAUUUUCUGUCCUGUCAUUAGUUUUAUAUGAACUGAAUCCUGUUGCUUGAAAACUAUAAAACACCAGGAAGGAAUGCUCUUGCCAAGCAAAAAUUGGCAACAACUCAAAAGCAAGGUCAAAGUUGAAUCAACAUCAACAGGAUACAUGGAGAGCUACAGGGGUACAUCCAUACUACAGGAAAAAGUCGAAUUAAAAUACGCACAAUUUCAGCUUCAUUAAUUGUGUAGCUGAAGUCAAAGUAGCUUAACUUGGCUUUUGGCGCUGUCUACACUGUAG